GUCAGGUCCGUCAGAGGAAGCGCGGUGUGUUGUUGGAAGGGGACACAUCACCGUCAGACCGCCAAACCCUGCACCGGACCGAGCGAUGGGUCUCCCAGAGUCGUGCUGACCCCCGUUACCUCCCGCCCCGUCCCACUUGAAGAUGCAGGGCUUCUACUCUAAGCUGGACUCGUCCCCCGCGGCCUCCCCUCUCCUGGGUGUGCGAGCGGAGGGUGGGCCGGUGCCUCUGAGCCUGGCGCUGGAGACAGAGAAGGCCCAGGCUCUGCUGCAGACUUUCAGCUCGGCGUCUCUUCUUGCCUCUGCUGGUCUGGGGGUGCUGUGCGUGCUGGCUGACCACGCCCUCCAGCUGUGGGUGAUCCAGCAGCACUUGUGGCUCCGCGCUGCCCUGGAUAAUGCCACACAUGGCCUCGUAGGGCUGUGGGCCUGGGCUGUGGUCAUCGGGUUGAGGAAGAGGAGUGAUCUGUACGAGGUGCUGCUGGCUGGGCUGCUGGCGUCGCUCAUAGACCUGGAUCACUUCUACAUGGCCGGGUCACUCUCACUCAAGGCCGCUGUGUCUUUACCCCAGCGCCCUCCUCUCCACUGCUCCUCCCUCAUCCCCGUGCUGUGCCUGUCCCUGCGCUUCCUCAUGUGGAUCGGCAGACUCAAGGACGCCUGGUGCUCCCUGCCCUGGAUGCUCUUCGUCUCCAUGGCGACGCACCACAUUCGGGACGCUGUACGCCACGGCCUGUGGGUGUGUCCGUUUGGGAACACCGCGCCCGUCCCCUACUGGCUCUACGUCAGCACCACGGCGACGCUCCCUCACCUGUGCUCCGUGCUCAUGUACCUGACCGGGACCAGGGACGUGAUCUCCACCAAGCACGGGGUGGCCAUCGACGUUUGACCUGGGCUGUCUGCGCUGGGAGGAGGAGCGGGGUCGGUUGUAUACUCUGUAAUGUUUAAAGGGAGGGAAAAGUCGGUUCACAAACAUCAGCUUCACAGAUUCUUAUAAUGUGAAUAUCUUGUGACUGUGACCACGCUUCUAACUCACCGGGAGCUGAGUGCACCAAUAGGUCUUGAGUUAACCCUCUCCAGGCAGGUGUUGCAGAUUUGCAACAGCUAAAUGCCAAUUACCUACUUACUCCAAAUCCAUAUUUUAUGAGCUUUUUUUUACGCAGGAGCCUUUUCUCACAUCCAUGCUGAUAAACGUGGACGAUGUAGACUGUGCAAGAAUGGCUGCACACAAACGGCCAGAAGUGCAAAGUACUUUUGUUGUUUACAAAGGAUAAAAAUUGUUUCUUGGAGAACCACACGAAAAAGUGAUGUUGUUCUGCCACUGUAAAGCUGUUACGCUGUGCUUUAUGUUUUCAUUGUUAUGAAAAGUGGUUUAAAGUUAGCAUUCAUAUCAUUUUCAGUCUUCAGUGUUAAUUUACCACACCGGACCAAUGCUGCAAAUCUGCAACAUCCCAAAGAAUGCAUUGGAUGUGAAGGUCUCUCUCAAAAAAAAGUCAGGAUUGUAUAUUAGUACCCCAUAUGAUCAUUUUCCCCAAAUAUCUGAUUUUUUCCUGUUACUAAAAUUUAGUUUGAGCCUGAGAGGGUUAAAUGAGUCCUAAUGCUUACUUUGGGGCUUUGUGCUUUUUGCUUGGAUACAUCAAAUGUUCUUUAGUUUAACAGUGUAAAUUAUCUAAUAGACUUGUGGUAUUACUCUAUUAGAAGGAAUGGCAUAUGGUCCGGCGAUCGUGGCACUCGCUGAUCGUCUUUGGCUGCUCUUUCAGCCAUUUCUCAUGUGGGUACGUGCAGAGGGCUUAGCUGGAGCACUAGUCGUAAUUAUAGGCUCAAAGUUAACUUUCAGAUUUAAGUAGGGUUACGAUUAGUCUCAUGACCAGCUGGUGCACUUGGCUCCUGUUCAGUAGUGAUGUGCGAUCCCACAUGUUGGAUCAGAUACCAAUACUGAUGACAUAAUACCACCAUUUCCAGUGAAAAGCAUUAUUUUGGAUUACAGAUGCAUUUCAGCGUAUUUUAGCAGAAACUGACUAUUUUGUAGGGAUGUAACAAUAAUAGAAAUAUCAUCAUAUAAUGUGGUCUCAUCAUGAUAUCCAGCUCUCUCCAGCAACUAGGUCAGGAAUCAAAAUACAAUAGACAGUUCGCAAAAACACCAGAAGUGCGAGUUCAGGCACCAGCCAAUCAGCGAAGAGACAUACAUUCUGUGUUGUCAACAAUUCAUGAGAUCGGGGAUUUAAAGCUAAAAUGAAGAGAAUGUUUGGUGAAUUUUAUCAAGGGGAAAGACGUUAUUGUUCUUCUUCCUACGGGGUUUGGGAAAAGCUUAAUAUACCAGUUAACCCCGUUAGUGGCGCAUUACAUACGUCACAACCAAAUAGCAGUGAUUGGUUAAAUCAGGGGUGUCAAACUCAUUUUGGUCCGGGGGCCAUAUCCAACCUACUCUUGAUCCCAAAGGGGCCGGAUCAGAAAACUCAUGUCAUAUAAACCCCAAAAAUAACAAUAAGUUCAAAUAUUUGUGCAGAGAAACACAAGUCUAUUUCAGAAAUCUUAUUUAAUUGAUGAACUCUUUCUUUUACAAAAUAUUAUAAUAUUAUGAACAACCUGAAACUUUAAGAAACAUGCAAUUUCAACACAAAGUUUUAACAUGAACUUGUAUGUAAAUAGGAAUAAGUCAAUUUUUCUUUUAAAAUCCUGCACUCGGCUCCACUUUUCUCAUUUGUGACAUUUUUCUGAUGAGGGUGUCACGGUCAACAGUCAAAACGAUCGUCCUUUAAGAGCGUCUGGAAAGAGACAAGUCUUCAUUUGUGCUGCUCUGGUGGGAGGGGCCACGUACAGAGACGCUGGAGACGCUGCUGUGAUAAACACCACAGAAAAUUAACAAUAUUUUAAUAGAAAAUAUUAUUAAAAUAUUUUAGUAGAAAAUCAGAUGAGGGCCAGAGUAAAGGUCUUGGAGGGCCGGAUCUGGCCCCUGGGCCUUAUGUUUGACAUCUGUGGGUUAAAUGAUAAAAAGUACCCGCCUACCGUCGAGUGAAUGAAAUGUAAGGCUGCGAGGUCAGAAGGUUUGUACAAAGUGAAACUAAAUAAAAAAAAAUAAAACCGACUGAUGAAUCAGGCUAAUCAUGGACCAGGACAAUAUAUCAAAUUACAAGUCUCUUUGCUUAAAUCCACUGUUUUGGUGCAGCAAUAAAGGGUGACAACAGAGGGAACUAAACAGGCCAUGACUCUUUGCUCUGUUUCAGUACAGAUUAGAUGAGACAUAACAGUCAUUCAGCACUUUUACAGGGUAGCCGCGGGGUCUUAAAAGUCUUUAAAAGGUCUUAAAUUACGUGCUCCCAAAUUAUGGCCUUAAAAUUCUGUUGUCCAAGUCUUAUUUUUUCUUAAAUUUCAUUAGCCUAUUUUUUGUAUACUAAACCGAGCUGUAGUGUAAUGUUAAAUAAAUAGUGGGAGUAAAAAUAAAAAAACAACGUGAAAUCGUGUAACGUGGAUGAACGUCUAAUUUGGAGUAUACACAAACAAUACUUUGGUUUCUGGCCCCGGCGGCAAUGAGUAAACAAUGAGUAGAGUGGAAGAAGACGUUGGAUGGAUCAUGGGGAAGUGUAGGUUUAAUCCACAGUGGCUCUUAGAUUCUAGAUAUUGUACCGGUAGUUGGUUGGUCAUUAUUAGAAGUGGAUCUGGUGUUUUUCGCCUGCAUAAUUGGUGCGAUGUUAGUCUUGAUUUUUCUUUAGGUGGUCUUAAAAAGGUCUUAAAAAAGUCUUAAAUUUGGGAUAGUCAAACUUGGGGAUACCCUGUUUUAAAUCAGGGUACCAAAGACAAGAAAAAACAGCCAUGCAUAUCAUUAAAAAAUAUUGUAUUGAGAGAUUUGGAUAUUGUUAGACCCCUACUGUUUAGUGUGUGAAAAAUGUGCAGAAGGUUAAAGCUUUGUGCAUUUGUGGACAGGGAAGAUCUGUGUGUCUGUGCUUUUCUCUCAACUGGAAACUGAAAGUUAAAUUUUUCAGCUUGCUCCUCUUUCAGCAAGAGUGCUACAAAAAUCAGUCUGGAUUUAGCCAGAUGAAUUGACAAUGAGCAGAAUUCAAUCCUUUGGUAUCAUAAGCAUUUGCUCGCACAUCACUGCUGACAGGUGACAGUCUGCAGACUAACACUGACACUGCAACGUCUCUCAAGGACUGUGCCACCAAAGCUUAACUGCUGCUGUCACUGUGCUCUGCCCCACACUGUUUAGCACGACCCACUCACACUGUGGAUCUGUCCUUAUAACAUGCACAUUACACUCACGCUGGUUGCUUAGUAACCAGGUCUGAGCAGAUGGGUGGGCCUCGUCACUGUUGGACUGAAUGUCAGCUCCCACACAAAUGCUCUCUGGACUCUCUGGACUCUGUGCGAAUGGAGAACAGUCACUAAGAUCCGAUCUUCAUUCACAUUUGGUUGGAGUUUGGUUUCAUUGAUUACACAGGUACAAAUACAAUCUGAUGCCUGGGAUCCUGAAUACACACUUGUUCAUUAUUUUAUGAAGAUGUGAGUCUGGUCACUGUGAAUAUCCCUGUUUUCAGAUGGGCUUGAUUGACAGGUGGAUUAGCCAACCUGGGACAGAAAGGAAAAAAUAUAUAUCAAUCACAGGGGGCUGAAAAACAUCAUGGAUUUCUGCAGAAUCAAUGAGCAAAGCACUAUAAACUCUUAAUCUGAGAUGAGAGAAAUUAAAUUGCUUUGUUUCACAUGCACCACUGAAAAAAGAAAAAAAAAAAAACAGAUCUGAUUGGACGAUCAUCAACAGAGGGCAUGGGGUCCAGACUGAUAUCAAUCUAAAAAUACAGAGAGAUUCUGGAUUUACCAGGCAGACGAACUGGCAGAACUGAGAAGAGAUAAUCAAUACUAAAAACUAGUAUUGAAACACGAUGUUCAUUUGAACAAGUGAUCACGCUCUGAUGAGUAACGUUCUACUUUCUGAAUAGUUUCAGACUCUUUCAUCUUUAUUUAUCAGCACUUGUGUUGGACCAAAAGGUAAAAUUACUGUUAUUCCGUGUUGAAAAUGUUUAGUCUAUCUGUUAUAAUUGAAGCAUUUUAAGUGUUAUCAAGCCUUUUCUUAUUGAGACAUUAGCCAAGUGCACAUGUUUUGGAUUGACUGGGAAAGCUGAAUAACCUAGAAAAAACCCACCCAGACACAGAGAGAACAUGCAAACUCCACACAGAAAGGCUCAAUCCAGCCGGGAAUCAAACUUGGGACCGUCUUGCUUCUGCUUAGUGCUACAAUAUUUAAUAUUCUGCAGGUUUAGAAGGAUCUCAACAGUUUAAUCUGACACAGAUCAAUCAUACAAACAUUAAUACACAUUUCACUCCCUGUGUAUGAGAGGAGGGAAUAUUUUAAAAUGCUGUACGUUUGGUUUUUCAUUCUUUUUGUGCCAACUAACCACCAGAUUUUGUUGAAUGUUUGUGAAUUGUCUCAUAUCCGAGGUGUUGUGAAAUAAUGUAAAUAUUUCAAAUGAUUUUGUAUUUUAGUCAGAAGUGGCCUAUUUUAUCAACACCAAAUACAAAAGGGAAAUUUGAAAAGAUGGGCAGAAAGGAUUGAUAGUAAUGUAGAUAGUAAUGAUAAGGAAAUCACUCAACAGUUGUGAAGUAGAGGUAUUUUUGGUAUUCUAUAGAUUCAAUAUAGUUAUAGUGUAGUGCACAUUAUAUAGUCUGUCCCAUGCUGAUAAUUUGAAACUUUUUAAUUUAUGUUACACUAGGCCAUACAUUCUGUAUAAUCAAAAAGUUUUUUCAUUCUUCUUUUUUUUUUUUUUUAUUUAUUUAUUUAUUUUUAUUUUUUUUUCAUUUUAAACAAUUCACUUUGAAUUUUCUUUGUCAAAAUUGCCCAGAGUUUACAAUAGAUUAAGGCAGCACAAUUUAGAAAAAAAAAAAAAAAACAAUAAAAAAUUAAUUAAUCAAAUAAAAUAAAAUGAUUCAAAUGCAAUUAUAAAUGUAUUAUUAUUAUUAUUAUUAUUAUUAUUAAAGUUUUAGUCCACAUUUCAAACAUUUGGGAAAUUAAUUUCAACUGAAUUACAUUGUGCUGUCCUACUCUAGAUUUGAAAUUUUACUUAACAAAUAAUCCCUUUAUUUUCCAGAUUUGAAUGUAUUCAUAUGCUGUUAUUUAAACUACUGUAUUUCGUGCAUUUUCUUAAUACUUUGACUUUGAAUUCUAUUGGUAUGGUCUUAUUUUCUAGCUGUAGUUCUGACUGUUGUCCACUAGAUGUCGUCAUAGAGCCUUAGUAAGGUGAUCCCGGUGAGAGAGUGGCGUUGGAUGGCCCUGUUGUCCAUUUCCAUCUCCUUUUACAGCUAAGGGAAAUUCCAGUCUGACAGUGAAUACCUGUGUAUUUUGUAUACAGUAUAAUAUUUUGCUGCUAAUUUAUUGAAACAUUUUGUACUUUUGUUUAUCUAAUUAUAGUUGUGCAUAGAAUGGGUAAGUUGGAGCCUUGUUCUUUUGUGAAUAGAAUUAACGGUGUGUUAAUGACACUUUUUGAUUUUGCAAUUUGCACAUUUGUUUUGCCUUCAUGUACUUUGCAUAUUAUUGACAUACAUGGCAGUAGUUGCACAUGUAUGGAGUCACUAGUGAACUUUUUACAGAAAUAAACUUGUAACUAAAGCUGACUUUGAAUCGUUUUGUAAACGUUUGUUAUAAUAGAAUACAUUUUAAUUUGCGGUUGUAGUUCUAAUUUAUGUUAUAAUGUUGUUUCCUCAUCACAACAUAAAAGGAGUUGUGUUUUUUUUUUU